AUCAAGUUUCUGACCCCCAGCAACACGUAUCUAGCCAAGGCCAAGGGCGCGUUCGGCUACCUCAGAACGACCCGAAACACGUCCAACCCGCGCACCGUCUUCACCAUAAAAUACAUCCCGAGAACAGCCUACGUCGCGUUCCGGUCCUCCGACGGGUAUUUUGUCACUCAGGACGGCAAGAGCAACCCGCAGUUCCGGUGGAAGCGCGCGGGCGACUGGGAGCGGUAUGACGUGCGGGAGGUGAUGGAGGUGCCGGCGAUCCGAGGGGCGAAUCUGGGGUCGUGGCUCAUGACUGAACCGUGGAUGAACCGCGACGUGUUCAAGUUUGCUGGCUAUGGUGAUGGCACUCGGUUCACCUUGCGAUCAGUGGUAACGGGAAAAUACGUCACUGCACCUGGUGGGGGUGGCACAAUCAUGAGGUGCAACGACUCAAUCACAACCAAGGACACCUACCUCCACCUCACCACUGUUGAAAAUGCUUCCCCCAACACUCGCAGAAUAUCCGUGCAGUGGCUGCAGUACUGGGCUGUGCGAAGCAACUCAAAAUACGUCUCGGUGCAGUCCACAAAGCCCGAGGGCGCAGCGAGCAACUUUGAGCUGUUCAUCUUCAACACGCCGCUUAACGCAUCAACGGAGCAGAGCGGCAGCAGUGUGCGCAUGGUGCUGCGUGCUCCCAACGGCUUCUUUCUCCGAGCCAACCCUGACGGCUCCCUCACUGCGGACCUCCAGCACUCCCUUACCAACGACGCCAUCUGGACCAGCGCUGCUGCAUUCGACCUCACUGUGCUGUGGCGGGUGGAGGGGGAUUUUCAGGCAGCCCACACAGCCGGUGCCGCAGCACCAACCCUCUACGAGAACAUUCGCCGAAACUUCAUGACUGAAGCAGACUGGGCAAAAAUGCAAGAACUGGGGAUCAACACGGUCCGCAUCCCUUUGCCCUACUGGAUUGCUCUUGACGCCACCCCAGAGUUCCCCUUUGUGCCCGGCGCAGCAGCAUAUCUAGACUGGGCGUUUGAGAUGGGGAGGAAGUAUGGAGUGAGGAUUUGGUUCAGCGUGCAUGUGGCGCCGGGGUCACAGGCAGGCAAGGGGAAUGCGCGGGAUGGGCUGAUCCGCUGGCGAGGGGCGAAUAUCAACCGCACGCUCGACUUUGUCACUUGGCUUUCUGACAGGUACGGCGCCGACCCUGUGUGGCUGGGCAUGGGGCUGCUGAACGAGCCAGUUGUCCCCGGAGCCAAUGGGUACGCGGGGGUGGAUCUGGAGGACAUGCGGGGGUACUACUUGGCGGCCUUCAACACCAUCCGCGCGCGCUGCCUGUGCUGCUCCCUUUUCCCCACCCCCCUCCCCCAGAUGUCUACAAUCCCGCACCUGAAAGCCGUGAGGUACGGCACCGACCCUAUGUGGCUGGGCAUGGGGCUGCUGAACGAGCCGGUGGUGCCGGGGGCCAACGGGUACGCGGGGGUGGAUCUGGAGGACAUGCGGGGGUACUACUCGGCGGCCUUCAACGCCAUCCGCGCGCGCUGCCUGUGCUGCUUCGUGGCCAUGGAGGGCCGCGUGGGCAGCAACUUUGGCGACGUGAUGUGGCACAUGAGCGACGCGUGGCACAACAACGUGAUCCUGGAGCAGCACAUCUACGAGGUCUUUGGCAACUUCUUCAGCUCCAAAGGUGUUGACUGGGAAAUCGAGUACGCGCACACCACAAGGAAGGAGAACAUCAUCGCGUUUCAGCAGAAGGUGGGGCGGAACUUGCUGGUCGGGGAGUUCUGCAAUGCGAUGGGCAACAGUGCGACGUCAGAGCAGCAGGCCAACUUCUCUCUCGGACAGAUGAAGGCAUUCAGCCACGCCAAGGCCGGCUGGUUCUUCUGGUCCUGGAAACUCAACACCACUGGCACUCAUCACUGGCAGUUUGUCAACAGCUAUGACAGAGGCUGGUUGCCCAAGAAACCAGAUGGUAACUGGUAUUGA